AUGGAUGAAAUGCUGAAGUUUGCAGAUGAAUUUGAUGGUGAUAAGUUCUCGAAUGAAAAGGAAGAUGAUGAAAACAAAGGAAUGGACAUGGAUGAAAAACUGAAGUCGGAUGAUGAAAGCGAUGAAUAUUCUACUAGUGCAAAAGAAAAUGCUGCUGAAGAAAAGGAAGCUGCUGCUCCUGAAGAAAGUUUAAUAAAAUAUUACGGUCAAGAAUUUCUUCAAGGUCUGAAGAAAAGUUACGAUAAGAAAAUUGAAAAACUUGGAGAACUUAAUCUACCAUUCUGGCAAGUAACUACAGAUAAUGUCAGUAUGCUUGAGCACGAAAACGAGGAAGUGGUUAAAACAAAAGAUUCGCUCACUUUAACCAAAAAUCGCACUCGAGCUACAAAUGUCUCAAAAACUAAUAUUGCUUUGGCUCCAAUGUUUCAAAAUCUUCUGCAAUCUAAUCCAAAUCAAUUUUUAACUUCAACGUCAUUGAACGGAAUGUCAUUUUCGGGAACGGGAGAAAAUUCAAUUCUUUCACAACUCCAGCAAGUGCUCGGAAAUAGAAAAUUUACGAUGAAGGUUCAAGAUAGACCUUAUCCUCGGGAAAUUUUAGGGGGGAAAUUUCCUGAUUUCCCGGAUAGACCGUCAUAA